UUGUCACAUCUCUCCUUGUCAAAACAAUUCGGAAAACCCCUUCUCUCUUCUUGGCCAUGUGCAUGACCGAUCAUGCGAUGGGCUUCAGGCCGAAGCUAAUGAUUGGCUGUGGGGAUAUGCACCUCAGCUCUGGAACUUGGGUUCAUCCCGACUAUGUGAACUUCAACCCCACUUCCAGCUGGCUGCUUAGAUCGCCGUGUCCAAGAUGGUCGUCUGUACGUUUGAGGGCAACUCUGACAUGUACGGUCUCGGGAUACGCCUUGGAUUCUAUCUACAGUGGUUUGGCGCCAUUUUCGCCGCCUGGAUCGCUCGUGGAGAGGUCAAAGGUUUGUGGUUUGCCAAUGACUUUUUCGUAGCCGCAACAUUCCUGGCACUAGUCAUUCAAGUAUCUCGAAACGUGCAAUCUCUCCAAGUCGUUGAAGUUUACAUCAUCCUGCUCCUCAUGUUUGGCGCAUACCUCUACGCAGCCCCAGUAUACAUAUGGCGCUUCUUUACCCGACGCAAUCCUUACUGGGACCCGACACGGUGGCCAAUCGUUCAAAAAAGCGCUCUGCACUCGAACUUGCGCCUUUUGUUAGAAUUUGCCGUCUUAGGCUUGCAAUUCUGGUUCUGGUUCGGCCGCGUUCAAGACCUAAAAGGCGAAGAAUGUGACCAGUUCGGCUUCUUCUUCGCCAAGAUCCGCCUGAAUAACACCGGCUUCGUGGUUAUUAAUAUACUACUCUACUUCAUGCUCGCGACGAUAUGUCUAUUGCUUGUUUUUGUGAAGAUGGUCAGCAUGCUGGGGUAUCUAAAGGACUUGAAUGCAUACGAAGACGACCCGAGCGAAGACGUCGAGCGCCGCAUUCAAGUUCUCCGCAACCUCAACUCCCUAAUCAACAUCAUCGUUGCGACCAUCAUCACUGCUGCCACUGAACUUACUAUCCACUGGAACAACAUCACGGGCGUCAACUCGCUCGCUGCAGCCGGGCAGACAAUCCUUUUUGUAAUCGGUCUCGGCGCUGUUAUUCGCGUCUUUUAUGUCUACCUUUUCCAUGACGAGCAGAGAGACGACGAGAACGAUGACGGCCAGCAUCCGCACGACGGCUAUCGUCCCAAAGGUCCCAUAAAUUUCGAUCUACCUCCUCGUGCGGCAGCGCCGCAGGGGGGCCGACCUUCCCGAACUGCUGUCCGACAGGAAACAGUGUCUGAUAGUGGGGCUAGACGCGAACGGCGUCGAGGACAGGGCUCAUCGUCGGGGCCCCAGAAGGCAUUCGUGGAGGAAGAUAUAGUGGAAAUGGACUGGGAAAGGCAGGGGUGGGUCAGACGGCAUCCGAGUCGGAGGUAAACGAAGCGGAUGAAGGGCUGAAGAAGUGACUUUGGAAAUAUGAGAUAUACAGGGGGACUGUGUUGACCGUGAUAGUGCCGAGCUGUAGCCGUAUUGUCCUAUAUAGACGGCUCUAAGCUUAGAUAGGCUCUGAGUUGGAUGGAGUCGUCUGUGAGAAGAAUGGAAGUGAAGUGAUCGAGUCGUCCG